AUGAAGCCUGUGUACUUCAUCUCGAGGCCCAAGCACUCGCUAUUACAGCUCGUCCUCAUGGAAUUGGCCCAGCUGCCGGAACAGCCUCAGAUCCCAAGGAUGGUGUACCUGAUGAAGUCAGAAUUGGCUCUGAGACACUUUCUCAAUAGAGACUCUACGGUUAAAUUGACCAGAUACGAUGACAGGAAGGUUGCCUACGAGGUGGAGAGACAAUUGAUGAGUGCGUGUACGCCACCUGAGUACGAGACAGGUGAAUUGGCCCAUAUGGACUCACUGGUGUGCGAGUUCUCGAAGCUGCGGAGCUGCACACAGCUACACAACUAUAAGAAGAAUCUGGAUAAGACCAGUUCUUUGCUGAUACUGAACAAUGAUAAGUCGUAUGUGGACUCACUAAGGACCCUGGUGUGGAAGGAUGAGGUCAGCAGGCCGGAGUUGUACCAAUGUAUGGGCAGCUUCAACACCUGGUCCAUGGGGGUGUAUCACAGUGGUGUUAUGGGUGCUGGACAGCUGAAGAUUGCCAGAAUUCCUAGAAGCCGAGAGGAAUACGACUAUGACUUGAGCGCAGGCUUUGAACAGGUUCCAUUGCUAAGUGCUAUAAACGAUACGAAGAACUUGAACCCAAUUUAUAUGAAGUACACCGAUUUCCUUGUGGAGCAGUUUGAAAGUAUGAUCGUCAAGACCACAGUGGGCUCUGUAAGUUCCUUAUAUGGCUGCUCCAAUGGUGAUCUCCUGAAGUUGAAGAACGUGGAGUCCAUAAUGUCGUUGAUCAUCCACGAUUGUCUUCGAGUCAUUUCCACAUUAGAGCCUACUCUAGACAUGGCAAUGCUACACAAGGAUCGACUCAUUGACGUUUGCAUCAAGACAAUUAAGCAGACGGAGAGAACAAGCACGAUAUUACAGAGACAAAUUCAGAAGUGGAAUGCAGCGGAGAUUUAUAAUACAACUGGGUACUUCUCGUACAUGUCGAGGAAGAAUGGAGUUUAUUGUCCACAGAUCAGCCUUGUAUCGAGAAUACUCGAGGAUAAGAUCUCAUUGGCCCACUUAAAGAACGGAGAAGUAUCAUUGGAUUAA